AUGUCUUCUAAAAGGCUAAAUCAUAGCGACUACACUGUUGCCUGGAUCUGCGCACUGCCGCUGGAGCUGGCAGCCGCUAAAACCAUGCUCGAGGAGACGCACGCACCACUGUCUGCUCGACCAUCCGACCACAACUCCUACACGCUGGGAAGAGUAAGCGGGCACAAUAUAGUUGUCGCCUGUUUGCCCUCCGGCGUGUACGGGACAAUCUCUGCAGCAGCAGUUGUCUCGCAAAUGACUUCCACGUUCCCCUCGAUCGCCUUUGGCCUCAUGGUCGGGAUCGGCGGCGGGGUACCCAGCAGAGAUGGUGACAGCACACCUGAUAUCCGCCUUGGAGAUGUGGUGGUGAGCAUGCCGUCUGGCACGUCCGGUGGAAUUAUACAAUACGAUUACGGCAAGGUGCUAUCUCACGGACUCUUCCAAUCAACGGGCUCCCUGAACCGACCGCCGCAGGUCCUGUUAAGCGCCGUGUCUCAGAUGCGCAGUGACCACAUGAUUAAGGGGUCAGAAUUUCAGAACACCAUUACUGGCAUAUUGGAUAGUUUCCAGUACAUGAGAGAACAUUUCUCGCGUCCGGGAAGGGACUGGCUCUUCAGCCCAGCGUACGAACACUCGAGCUACAGCCGGGAUUGCUCACAGUGCGACCCGAGCCAGCUUGUCGUGCGACCUCCACGACAAUGUACCGAGCCCCAAAUCCACUAUGGCUUGAUUGCGUCUGGGAACGGUGUUAUCAAGGAUGCCCAGACACGCGAUAGGAUCGCUCAGCAGUUUGGCGGAAUUCUCUGUUUCGAGAUGGAGGCCGCUGGUCUGAUGGAUCAACUUCCCUGUCUCGUCAUACGUGGCAUUUCGGAUUACUGUGACUCACACAAGGAGAAGGAUUGGCAAGGCUACGCAGCCUUGUGCGCGGCUGCAUAUGCCAAGGUUCUGCUUUCUCUCGUGGCCGCCCGAAUUCCGUCUGAGACUGCUCGGGCGCGCUCGAGCGAUGGGAUCGAUUACCGAGAGGGUAAUACGUCGUUCAACAAUUUCGGUCCUGGUGCGCAGUUCAAUGCUAUGGGCGGAAUUCAGAAUAACAAUCUGGGCGGUGGAAAUCAAUUCUUUGGGAGUAGUUUCACGGGGCCCGUAUCCUUUCGUUGA